AUGGAAAACAUUUUAACAUCCAAUCCGCCUAACAGUGGAUCACUAUACUUCAACUAUAAAAAAACAUUCUCAGUUGUGCUUAUGGCGUUAGUUGAUGCCAAUUAUAAUUUUACAAUUGUCAAUGUUGGUUCUUAUGGAAAGAAUAGUGAUGGAGGAAUUUUUGCUAACUCUAAUCUGGGAAAAGAACUUCAAAGAAAAAACUUGUCUUUGCCUGCUUCGUAUCGACCAGGCAGUUCAACAGCUCCUUAUGUUCUUGUAGGAGAUGAAGCUUUCCCUCUCAAAACUUAUUUAAUGCGACCAAGUUGCUUGCACAAACGUUUCGUUGCAGCAUACGACGAUUUACCAGCUGUCGGUUUAAAUGCUUCAAUAGAGGCUUUUUAUGUAAGCGAUACGUUCAAAUCUUAUUUUAUUUCUCCAGCUGGCGCAGUGCCUUGGCAAAACAAUAGAAUUUAA